GUGGCCUCGGCGGCGCAUGCGCAGCACGGGUGUGUGUGGGGGGGACGCGGUGGUUUCCGUUGGCGGCGCGCGAGCGGCGGCGGUUGGGCGCGCGCGCAAGAUGAGUGAAUCUCUGGUGGUUUGUGAUGUUGCUGAAGACCUGGUGGAGAAACUGAGAAAAUUCCGGUUUCGUAAAGAAACCAACAAUGCUGCCAUUAUAAUGAAAAUCGACAAGGAUAAGCAGUUGGUGGUACUGGAUGAGGAGCAUGAGGGUAUUUCUCCUGAUGAGCUAAAGGAUGAACUGCCUGAGAGACAACCUCGAUUUAUUGUGUAUAGCUACAAGUAUCAGCAUGAAGACGGAAGAGUUUCCUACCCGCUGUGCUUUAUCUUCUCCAGUCCAGUUGGAUGUAAGCCUGAACAGCAGAUGAUGUAUGCUGGGAGCAAGAAUAAGCUUGUACAGACAGCUGAACUCACUAAGGUAUUUGAAAUAAGAAAUACAGAAGACCUAACUGAAGAAUGGCUGCGUGAGAAACUUGGCUUCUUCCAUUAAGAAAACCUCUGUAAUAAGUAUUUAUGUACCAUCCUGAUAAUACUGGAACCAGACAUGAAUACUUACAUCUAAAAAUGCACUGUAUUUACAUCUGUUUCCUGCAGUACAUCUCUUGUGCAAAGUUUGUGCAAAGAAUAGCAGGUCUGUCUCCUUGAAGUAACCAAUCUUUGCAGGUGUUUCCUUACAUGUACCUGUUAAAAGGGAAUACUUCUCUGCAGAGAAUCCUUUUGCACUCUUGUGACUAAUAUUUCUAUAACUAAAAUCGUUCAGUUUGGGAUUUAUAGCUAUAUUCAACCAUAAUUUGGAAGCUGACGCUAACUUUUCUGAGCUACAGAUGCAUCCUUAUCAGGUAUACUAGCCAUUUAUAUGCAAAAACUGUGUACUGUCACUUACUCGUCAGAAUUUUUGACCUAAUGUCUUCUCAAUCUUGAAAACUAUUCCCUGGAAGCAGUUAGGUAUUAAAAAGACAAAACCCUUGUUCGCAGACCCAUCCAUUUAUCCCUUCACUGAGUCCGUAUGAAAUUUCUCAAGUUCUUGGAACUAAUUUUUGUCAUUCCAGUAAUUCCUCAGCUGACUGAGUCAAUCUUAACUAAAUUUCAGGGCAAAGCUUUGUCCAGUUCUCAUGCUAAUACAGUCUUGCAGGAACUAGAAGAUAACUAAGGGCUGAAUUACAACUCUGGUUGCUUUCAUACCAGAUGUCUUGCGCAUAUAACUUAUGACACUGUUAAGAAGUUUACCUCUGCUCAUUUCCUCUUAUAUGAACACCUGUUAAUACUGUGUGCCUUUAAUUUGUUAGCUUUAAAAUGACUUGAGAAUUUUACACUGCCACUUAUUACGAAUUUGGUAAAAUCUUUGUUAAAGAAUCCAAGUAACGUUUCUUCCUAGUGCCUAGUGUUGCAGUUGACAUCUAUAAAACAAAAGCUAACCUCAUUUUCCUUGAAAUUCCAGUCAUCUGCUCCGUUUAUAGGAGUCCAGGAGGUUAAAGCUUUUCAUGAUGCUGAAUGAUUUAUAUCUCUUUUUGUUACAGAAGUUGGCCACAUAGAGCUUUUGAGUAUUUUCAUGACAGUCUCUAACUUUCUUAACUGCUUGUUGGUCAAAAAUACAUUCCAAGUGCAUAAGUGGUGAUUUGAUUUUUUCAUUUACUUACGGUUCAUCUCUUUGAAACAGUAAAGAUUCUAAUGUGAAUAUAGUAUUUAACUUUUAUAAAUGACGAGUCUUUUUACAGGUCUGUUUUAUAAUGAGUAGAAUAGCUGUCUGAUAGGGGACAUCACGUUCAGCCAACGCAGUGGCAACAGGAGUACUCGUGACAGUAUCUCACUAUCUUGCUCAUGAGUGUUUGUUGUGCUACUGAACAAGAAUCUGCGUAAGAGCAGCUUCCUGUUGAUAACACACCUUAAAAUACAGCUGCCCUAACAAAUUUCUUUGGUGAGAAGGAAUGCAGUGUUAAAUUUGGAGGCCAGUAUUUCAUGCUGUGAAACCUUUGCUGAAAGGAGGUUUAUUUUUUGUUUGUAAACAUAUGUUGUGUUAGUGGUUUUAACACUAAUUCCUGUAAGAUCACAAGGAAUUUAUUUGCAGGGGUCCUCAGUGUUGGUAUCUCUCUUCUUAGUUUGAUGUUACUGCUCAUUUAUUUGUAUACAAAUCUGACUUGAGAGGAGCUCUUCAAAAUACAUGCUAGGAUGAUUCAAUUAAAUCAAUCUUUCAGUGCUGGAAGGAAAUGUUGUAAUUAAGAUUAAAUUUCUCUUAACAUAUUGAACUGGAAAAAACAUUUCAUUUCCCUGGACAAAAAAAAUGUUGAUUAUGAAACUGUUGCUCGCUCAUUCUGUACUAGAGAUCAAUAAAAAAUUACUUUUUUGAUGAACAUUGUAUAAAAAGACUGGCUUAAGAGGGAUGUUAGUCACGGUAUCAGUCCUGAAACAGCAAAAAUCUUGUGCCCUUAGUGUUGUGCUAAAGGUAAGGCAUGUCAAAGUACAGGGUGGGUGAGGGGAAGCUACCACUUGUAACAUUCAGCCUGAUUUUCAGUGGGAAAACUGGAUUAAUAAUCUGCCAUUGUACUUUGUACACUGGUGGGCUGCCAGCAUCCAACUGCUGCUUGCACAGGUCUCAACAAAAGUGACUGUGAAGGGGCCUCUCUCUGGAGGAGCAGGAAGGAGCUGCUGCAGUCUGAGUGAGUGUGGCUCUGCAUCUCUGGAUCGCUCCACCUUCUGCCAAGCAAACUCUGCUACUAAAGAUUAUGUCCAUGUGCUGGAAGUUUUCAGUCGGAGUUCUUCUUUGCCAUUCACUUUGUGUGUGCUUGUUGCCUCCGCUUAAGGACUUUCUGCCUUGGGUGCUGCCCCUCAAGUCCCGUAGAAAGCCAACAAAUCCUGUUGAGAGUGCUAAAGCCCACAUUCGUGUGGAAGACGGUGUUGACGCUGCUCAGCCCACCAGUAUUAGUCUUCUAACAGUCUUGCUUGGUAGCUCUGUCUCCUUGCCUUCUCUGAGCUGUGGAAGUGAGGAAGCAGCUGCAGGUACUUGAAGAAUGAGUGUGCAGAGGAUGUUUGCUAUUCUAGGCUUGUUUGUGGCUUCCUUGUUUCUAAAGCAGGGCUUUGGCACAACUCUCUGCUGCUUUCUGUCCUAGGCCCUUGAGAUAUAGAUAGUGCUAAUACUUGGUUAAACAAAGACAUUGAUUAUAUCCAAAUCCGUCCAGCACAAAUAUUUGUUUUCAUAUUUUCCCCACCGUAUCCGUAGAACUGUAUUUUCCUUACGGAUGUGUCCGUGUUCAGAAGGCCAGUAUGUUCUGACUGUGCUUUACUAUUGAGUUGCCUGUCUGUGAAGACGCUUGUCUUGAAUUUUCACAUCUCUAAAGAGGGUUCAAGCAACAAAGUAUGAUGCCAUUUAUGGGAGCCUUUGUAGCUAAAGGUCUGAGAGUCAGCAUUUUCCGUGGUGAACUCCUAUUUUUCAGGAGCUAGUAAGUUGGCCGUAAAAUCCUUGGCCCAGAGUUAAACAUAAAGGUCUUUCAUAAAGAGAGACUUCUGCCACAAUAAACUUGUUUUGCGUUAAAUAUUGAAUAGACGGCUGGGAUACAGCUCUUGCAAUCCUGUUAAUUGAUGGUAGGCUGAAUUGAAGCAUGAGUUUGCAUGGUAAGCCAAUAAAAUGAACUUGUACUGUUCAGAUGUUUUUUAACAAAGUUUAAAUGCUGAUAUUUGACGGUUUAAGUGUGUUUCUAGAAUCAUGAAUGCUGUUCUGAUUUAUUAGAAGAGGCAAUGCGGGUGUUGACACCAUUCCACUUCUCCAAAGGAGCAUCUUAACGCCUUUGUACCAAGAUUCCAUUUUUUGUACCUUGAACUGCAAAAUGGUCCAGAAACAAUGUUAAACCCAACCCAGGAGUCUGAGUCAAAGGUGCGAAAGCAAGAGAUGCUGACUGUUCCUAGCUUCAGCGUGCUCAAAAGAAAUUUUAAGUAACAUUUCUUGAUACAUCCAUCUAGUAACUGUGAAAUGGAGAUAUAAUGGGACAUGAGAAGUGAAACUCUUGCUUUUGCUAUGUGAUCCAGACUUGAUGUGACCUGUCAGGGUUGGCACCAGUGCUGCAGGUGGUAAAAGGUGCAGGAGGUUCACGGCCAGUCUUGGGAACUCGACAAUUCCAUGGAAAUAUCAGUAACCAGUACAACUUCCAUAUGCUGUUUAGUCUCUGCUAGUUCACAUUGCAUGUUUACUUUAAACCAAAUCUUUUUUUUUUUUUUUUUUUUUUGCUAAGCAUGGUGCUUGUAUUGGUUUAAAUAAAAUGUUUAAUUAAGAA